AUGGGCAUCUUUAUCUUGAUGGAGAGCUGUUCGACUUUAGAAGCUUUAACACUCCCACUCUACUCGACGGUGCGCAACAUACCCGGUGUUCAGUUCAUGAAGAAUGCGCUGAAUAGCUUUUUGAAUCUCUUCACAGGCGAAGAAUUUCAAGCGCGUGAUUUGAUGGAAACGAUCUCAGCAUUUGGGAGCCCGGUUUCGCGUACAUACACGUUACAUGUGGCCAACGGCAUGUUCCCAGAUGGCAAGCAAAAAUCGAGUUCUUCACACAUCCUUGGAUGGGACAAUUCCGCUAGUGAUUGGGUAUACAACGAAACAAAUUGGAGGAAUAUCGACAAAGCGUUGGACCUAGCGCGCCAGCAUGGUGUCAAACUGAUAAUCCCAAUCAUCAAUCAAGAUUAUGGGUCUAGUGAUACCAACUGGGUUGGAAAUUUCGCUGAUCUGAUACGACAUAGGUACAAUAUCCAAAACUACACUAUUGCACAACAGGCAGUCGAUUGGUUCACAGACCGCGAAAUGAUCAAGUGUUACAAACAAAUGAUAUCUUUCUACUUGAACCGAAUCAACACAUUCAAUGGUAUUCGUAUCGGAGAUGACCCGACAAUAUUAGCGUUUGAGACAGGGAAUGAAAUGAACUGGGGGUAUCAAAAUGGAUCUAAUGCGCAUGACAGGCCUGCCCGAGCAAAUUGGACCAUUGAAAUCGCGCAGUUCAUCAAGUCACUGGCCCCCAAAACCCUGGUAAUGGAUGGCAGCUAUUCCCGAAAUCCAAAACUGGCGUGGGAAGAGGAAGCUCUAGCUUCUCCAUUCGUAGACUUGUUCUCUUACCAUUUUUUGAGGCCGAGCACUUCACCGAUUUUGACUGGAAGAUUACAAUUUUGCGCGACUGGAUACGCAGAUGGUGAGGGUGAAACCCUGCCCUAUCAUGAUUGGCAAUCUAGUCUGCAAAACCAGGUGCGAGCACAUGGGAAGACGUUCAUCGUUGGAGAACAUGGUUUUUAUGAUAAGCCCGCAGUAUGGGAGGCUUUUUACAAAAAUGUCACUUGCGCUGGUACCCUUGUUUGGUCACUUCGGUCACACUCGGAAAAUGGGGGUUUUGUCACUCACGGCGAGGGCCACAACAUCUCCAGCUAUCAUGCCCCGGGAUUCAGGAAUCAGACAUCGGAAAAAUUUGACACCCAAGAGGCCGACGUUAUUUCUUCCACUUAUGAUGCUAGCUACAGAAUCCUUGGGUUGGAACCACCUCCCAAACCAAUUCCUGGGACUCCAGAAGCAUUCCUUGUGAGCAACGGCACACAUGCAGGUAUUUCAUGGAGAGGAGCAGCUUGGGCGCAGCAAUACGAAGUGCUUGGUGCUAUCUUUCAAGAUGCACAAUUUAGCACUAUCUCAAGAUUCGUGCCAGACAAUGUUGAGGAUGGACAACUCUUUGUUCCACUCGAUCCCACAGAUCCCACAAAGCCCAUUCAUAUCGCUUUACCAGAACCAAUACCUCAUCAAUCACAUGCAGGUUGGAUUGACACUAAGUGGUGCCCCCCGGGAUCUUCCGCCCCUUGUGGGGACAUUCAUUUUGAUAAGCAAGAGGACGCGAAACCUCCAACAACCUACCGGCGUCUGAUGCCCAUGAGUCCACCAACUGAGCAAAAUUCAACAAAGAGCCACGAGCUGAACCCCACCAGUCAAAAUCGGUUGAUAUCUGGUGGAUGGUUCUCAGUGCGUGCAGUCAGCGCUGAUGGGGUGCCUGGCGGUAUUUCUGAAUCUGUUUUCCUGAAAACUCAAUGGGAGCCACAUGUAGGCGAAAGAGAGUGGAGUUGAUGUGGUUGCAAAGGCAAUGUAACCUGUCAUUAACCAAAAUAGAUUCCAUGAUAAUACAAAUGCUGUAAACCAAUUACUACAUCCACUUUUAUUAAUAAUUCACAUCAUGAAAUGUUGUUGUUUUUGAAGUCC